UCAGCAGACAAUUUAUUUGUAUACAUCUCAAUGGUAUAACGAAAUACAAACACGUCUCGUUAAGAUUAUAUUCAAGUGUGUUUAAGCAGUGCAACGUACGCAAGCUGAGAUAAACGAGCAUAUAAGUUCCAGUUUUAAUAAGUCGAUUUCAAUACGUGUGAUCGUUUGUUUCAAUUAUUGCUGGUGUUAUUAUUCUAUUUCAAUCAAACGGUCAAAAAUGUCUGGGUUACCACCUACUUUUGUUAAAGGUUUUCAUGAUGAAGCCUCUGUUCGAAAAAUGACCUACAACCGACUGGGUAAAACUGGAUUAUUGUUGUCACAAUUGUCGAUUGGAGGCGGCACACUAGCUCCAUUUUACGAAAAUGAUGAUGAAGACGAGGCGAUCCGUGCCAUUCAAUAUGCAAUUAAAUCUGGUGUAAAUUACAUUGAUACGGCACCGUAUUAUGGACAAGGACGUUCCGAAAAAAUUAUUGGCAAAGCUCUGAAAGGAAUUCCCCGCCAAGCAUAUUAUAUUGCCACUAAAGUUGGACGCUAUAACAUGGGCAACACAAUUGAUGAAAUGUUCGAUUUUUCAGCGAAAAAAACCAAAGAAUCGAUUGAUAUCAGUUUGAACUAUUUAGGUUUAGAAUCAGUGGAUAUACUUCAAAUUCAUGACAUUGAAUUUGCUGAUAGCUUAGAUAUUGUGGUGAAUGAAACAUUGCCGGUUGUUGAAGAAGCCAAAAAACAAGGCAAAGCUCGUUUUAUCGGUGUGACUGGAUAUCCACUAGAACCUCUCAAACAAAUAAUAUUAAAAGCACCCGGACGAUUUGAUACCGUUUUGGCCUAUUCGCGCUACACAAUGCUUGAUGAGUCAUUGGUCGACUAUCUUCCAUUCUUUUUGGAACAAGAUUUGGGGGUGAUUUGUGCUGCAAAUCAUGCAUUAGGCCUAUUAACAAAUCAUGGUGCAUUUGAUUGGCAUGUUGCUGGCGAUGAUUUGAAAAAACAAGGCCGUUUGUGUGGUGAAUAUUGUAAGGAGCAAGAUGUAGAAUUGGGAAAGUUGGCUAUUUGGUAUUCGGCGCAGUUAAAAGGGCCGGCUACAUUCUUGGUUGGCAUGGCCACAACUGAUAUUGUUAAUAUCAAUUUGGACUCAUUUCAAAAUGGUUUAAAUGAAAAAGAGUCGCUCAUUUUGACCUAUUGUUUGAAAAAUUUCUGUGCAAAAAAAUCACAUUGGGAAGGUAUUGAAAUAGCAAAAUUACGAGCCGCAGCAGCAAAAAAGUAAUAUCAAAUAAUACUUUUGUAUCAAAUUAGAAUCAAUAAAAAAAAAUUGUUUAAUAUAA